AUGGCAGGAGAAUUGAGUCAUAGUACUAUUAACCCUUAUCGUUGGACAGUAGAGCACCAAAAAGACAUCCUCCGCGAGGAUGAAAAUUUGCCGGAGGACAAAUUUUUCUUCCUAUGUCGAAUCCAAAAAUUGCACCACAAUUUCUAUUUCGCAGCUGAUGGUCGUUGGAGGUUUUACAAUCGCACUCAUUUCAACUAUCAUACAGUCAAAAAGUUUUGUUUUGACAUAGAUGACAAAUUAGAUAUAUGGGAUAAUAUACAUGUAAUGCUUACAUGUUUGCAUGUUCCUCUCUUGUAUCAACUAGACAUGAUACAAGACAUCGAUCUUAAGACAUUAUCAAUCCUCCAAGAAAAUCAUGAAAGAGCGAGAAGAAUCCCAAUCGUUCUGGACAUAAUUCAUCGUAUUCCUCAAGCUAUUCCGAAUCCUUACCAAAAUUAUUAUGAGGAUGAGUUGAUAGAACAGGUCGCAGGCUUAUCGUUGGAAGAGAGUGAGUUUGUGCCCGUUCCUGCAUCGGCGUAUGCAAUUGAAGCACUGGAGAAGGUGAAGGUGGAAAAGAUGAUAAAUAUGAAGGAGAAUUGUAGCAUAUGUCUUGAUACGUUGAUUUUAGAGGGUGUUGUUGAAGUUACUCGCAUGCCAUGCAAGCACCUUUUUCAUGGGGGUUGUAUCGUUCAAUGGCUUGAGAAAAAUCAUAUUUGUCCUUUGUGUCGCUUUAAGAUGCCUGUGGACAAGAAUUAG